AAAUGAAUUUGCAAACAGAAAACAAUAGAGCGCCGUAGACCCACAGUAAUCCCAUCGCAUUCGAAUCCCACUCAGUUUAUUUUUUUCAAAUAACAAACUGAAAACUCCCUUUCCAAGAGUUGCAGUCUCCCCUCUCUCAACACUCGGCCCAAUCUCAAUCCCAUCAACUCAAAGAAAUGCCUCUCCAAUCUCAACCUUCGGACCCGCUUGAGGCCUAUUCGGGUCUCUCGCUCUUCCCUCGGACCUUCGCUUCCUUCCCAAACCCUCUUCCACCUCACGACUCGGCCGAUCUUCAACUCUCUCACGAUUUUCUCAGAUCCAUGCCGGUUCAAAGUCCUAAUAAGCUUCUAGAGCAAGCCAAAGCGAUUGUAGAUAAUAGUUCAGAGCUCUUGAAGUUGGAAGUGUCUAACUCUGAUGCUGAACAUAUGGAACAUCCUCGAGAACGGAGACCAGCUUUAGGUCGUAAACGAUCUCGUUUCUUUUUGAAAGAUAAUUCAAGUCAGCCUACUGUGAAUUUGGAACCGAGUUUAGAUAUGGAUAAAUUGACAGAUCCCGAAGAAUUCUUUCUAGCAUUUGAAAGGGCUGAGAAUGCCAAAAGAGAAAUAGAGAAGCAGACAGGCACUGUUCUGAAGGAUUUGGAUCAGAAUAAUCAAUCCAUGUUUGCACGGCCUCGUCGUCCUGGAUUGUUGCGGAGAUCCGUUAAAUAUAAACAUUGCUAUUCUACUGCUUUCUCCCCUCUGGAAAGCUUUGAGGAGGAAAUUCCCAGUCCAGCUUGCAAUUUGCAACCAGAAAAUUCUGACCCGAAUGUUGAAUUAGAAGAGAAGGAAUUGAGCGUGGCCAAUGUAGAGAACAAGGUUAGUGAACUUUUGGACCAUUUACUUACCAGUACCUGUGAUGGGGAUGACACAGUCAAUCUUCUUCAAGAGCGUUUUCAGAUCAAACCUCUUGAUCUGGAGAAUAUAUGCCUUCCUGACUUGCAAGAUAUUCGAAAGAUUGAUUUGAAGGAUUCUAGAGAAAGCUUGGCAAAGCCUAGAAACUCGUUAUCGGACUUGCAAAGUUUCAUGAAAGGGUUCAGUAAAAGGACACAGAAACAAAAUCCUGAAACUUCAGUUAAUCAGUUAGCUUCUCCCAUUCCACCAAGAAGUCCAUUGACUUCAAUUUCAUUGCUGAAGAAACUACUAUUGCAGUCUGAUGUACUAACUGAUCCAUUUUCAACUGAUGAUGCUAACCGAUCACCAGUGAGAAAUGCAUCUGGAAUUGAAUGUAACAGUAAACAAUCUGAUCAGGUUAUUACAGAGAAGGGACUAAGUGUGUCUGACAAUAAUGAUAGACAAACACCGCAACAGCAGCCAGAAAGUUCAAUUCUUAAAUUAGUUUCUCCUACACCUCCAAGAAAUCCAUUUGCUUCAAUAUCAUUGCAGCAAAAACAGUUGUUGCAGUCAGAUCCAGAAUUCAAUGCUUUUUCAACUGACAAUAUUGAUCAAUCACCUAGGGGGAAUGCAUCUCCUAUUGAAAGUGUCAAUAAACAAUCUAGUCAGGCUGAUGAAAUGAAUCUUGACAUGUCUCAUCUGGUAAGGUCUCCAUUAUUAGAGGCAAAUCAAAUUGCAACUGCUAAUGCAAGUUCUGAGCUCAAUGGUGGAGAUUUUGCUGGUUUCUUUGACAAAUUUGUAAAUGAUAAUGCAAGAAGGUUUGAUUCUGGUAUAAAUGCAUCUAGUGGAUCUCAGACCUACUUAGAGAAUAACAGUUUAAGAAGGCCUGAAACUGAAUCAGAUAGUCGUACAAUCCAACCAAAUGAAUUUGGAAGGGUGGAAGAUAUACCCCUGGAAGCAGUUGUUUCUUCUCAGAUCCAAGUUAACGUGGAAGGUUCAACCAUUGAUAACUCAGGUGCCAUUCAGAGAGAGUCGGAUGAAUAUAAUGCAGCUAUUGAUGAGGACCACUCCAUGAAUGGAUUUUUAAAAGCUGCUGAAAGUGCUGAGCAGCUGCACGAGCAACAGAAUAAGAAAGCCAAAAUACAACCACAGCCAUGCAAUAAACAUAAGGGGAAAGCACAUUAUCGAAGACAAAGCCUUGCAGGUUCCGGUACAACAUUUGAUGAUGAAGGGAGGAGAAGAAGCACAAGGAUCAGGUCAAGACCUUUGGAAUUCUGGAAAGGUGAAAGAUUCUUAUAUGGACGUGUACAUUCAAGUUUGGCAACCGUAAUUGGAAUAAAGUACGAGUCUCCAGGGAAGGGUGAUGGUCUCAAAGUGAAGUCUUUCGUAAGUGACGAGUACAAAGAACUGAUUGAACAGGCUGCCAGAUGACCAUAAUUGUUUAUGGACUCAUCAUGAAUCCCCGGAUCGUGAGGCGAGUUUAGCAUCCUUCGAUGAACUGACCAGUAGACAUUAGUUCCCGGGAUCUUUUUUUUUUUUUUACAUUUUAAGUUCGAUUUAUGUAUGUUGUGCAUUGGUUUUAAAUGUUAAAUAAUAUUAAUUGUGGUUUA